AUGACUAGCUUCAAGCUCAACGGCCUGACCCCAGGAAGGGAGCUCGUCUCUUCCAUCUCAAAACUCCUGGAUGGGUAUAACAUCCCAAGCGUACUCUGGGGCGACUGCCUGCUAAGCGUCUACGGAGUCCCCAGCGGCUGCAACGACAUCUCGUUCGUCAUCCCCGACGACCUGAUGGAGAGGGCCCAGGAUGCCGUCAAAGAAGCAUACUUCGUCCCGUGUCCCCGGGGCGAAAAAUGCCCCGUCGUCAACCCGCGGCGCACCAGCCCCAUACCCCACGCGCACUUCCACAUCCGCGAAGGUAAGCUCCUCGAACCCGCCGUGACGCUGGACCUGCAUCUAAAAUCCCAGCUCCUGUGGGCGAUGCCCGAUUUCCCCCUCGGAAUCCUGCCGGGUAAUCCUAACUUCAUGUAUACCAGUGACCCCAGACUCCCAGAGGAGGACAAAGCGUGCCACAGAGGCCGCUUCCCGGCGUCCCUGUACCCCGUCAAGAUGCCCGCGGUGAGCCGAUUCGCCGAGGCGCUUGUGCUGCUGUACUGCCGCGACGCGGACCCCGAGGUCACGAACCGUGGAGCGCACUGGCAGCUGCUGCAUCGGUAUGUGGUGGUCUAUUGCUGCGAUUGGCAUGGUAUGCUGGAUCUGGGGCUGCUGAAACCGCGUCUGGCGGAGUACUAUGCGCUGUGGGCGAGGGAGCCGCCGUAUGAGGCGUGGUUAUAUGCGAGUAGGCUUGCGGCGCAGAUGAGGGAGAACGGGGAGUUGCCGCCUCCGCCACUGCCGCAUCGGCCUGCGGGGGGUGCGUCGUUGGGGUGGGAUUGGGUCGGUGGUUCUGUGUGA